AUGAUCUAUAGUUUUCCAGAAGUACUCGGUAUUUUCACUUUAAAAGUACCUGAGUUCCAUAUCUUCACUGUCGAAAAUUUUUUUGGUCUUUUUGUAUUAAUUGCUAACCACGAAUUUUUGACUUACACCUUCAAUAAGAAUGGUGCAAAGGUUAACACGACUUUUAUUAAUUUAUUUUUAGAAAAAAUUUUAGUAGUUUAA